AUGGAAUCCCGAUUCGCUAGAUUCGCAUGUGACUUUUGCCGACACAAGAAACUGAAAUGCUCUCGAGAAUUACCCAAGUGCAGCAACUGCAAACCUUGGCCCAGUAGCUGCAACUACCUCCGUGACAAGUCCUCAUCCACCCCGCCGGCCUCUAAUCCCAUUCAGCAAGCAUCGGAGCCAGAAAGUACCUUUGGUUUACGACUUCAACGCCUGGAAAAUACAGUACAACAAUUAGCGAACUCAGUCGAUCAAGCCUUGCAGGCUAUUCGGCCUAUUUCUUCUGACAAAGGCAGCCGAAAGCGACCCUCAUCUACGCAAGACCCCAUAUCUCAGAAUAAUAUAUCAGACUCGAAGCUAUAUAUUGGUCCCUCGCAUUCUUUUUCCUUCCUGAAGGAAGCGUCGGCUAACAUCGAUGCAAUCGCCCAACCUGCCGGUGAUGAUACACGCCAGAGCGCCCACUCAGAGCUUCAAUAUCUUUCCAAUAGUCUCACUACGGCGCGAGUUGAGCAACAAAAGAAGGAAGACUCAAAUUCCUUUUUCAUACCCUCCAGGGCCAUUGGAUAUCGCUUGAUUAGCCAAAUUUUUGGCUAUGCUGAGCUGGGUGAGCCAUUUUUUACUCUUCCAUCCGAAGACGUCUUGAGGCAGGUUGUGUUUGAACCACAAAAUGUCCGAAUGAAAGCAUGGGUCGUCUACUUUAACUAUAUGAUAUUAUCAGUCAUGUCAAACGAGACUGGUGAAAGUGACGAGACAUCCCGAUUCCGGCGCAAUAUGCAGCUAGCACUCAACGACAGCAGUGUAUUUCUCGAACCGCGUCAUGUAAACGUGCAAGCUCUGGUUUUCCUAGCAAUGCAUGGCGAAGACUACGCUGCACCCAAUCUCUCUUGGAUGUUACUCGGACAUGCAUGCCGACAAGCGGAGGCACUCGGCAUACAUUUGCCAUACCAUCAACCUCCUGAGCAUCGGCAGCAACGACUCUGUCUAUUUUGGAUGCUUUUCCUGAUCGAUAAGUCAUGUUCUCUUGCAUUCGGCCGUCCGGCAUUUCUUCCCACGGCCUUGUAUCAGAAUGUCCCUUUGCCUGACCCGACCUUUAUAUUGAAAUUUAAUCCGCAUGAGCGAGUAGCAUUUGGAGGCCAGCAAGGGGUCUCAAAGGGAUCUCAAUUUGGUGCCGAAGUCUUGAUGCGAUCUAUCCAGUGGGCUAAAUUGGCAGGAGUGCUGUCGGAUCUUCUGUCAACUGGCGACUCAUCCAAUGCAAGGGUUGAGAUACGAUCAAAGUUGGAGAGGUGGUAUCUGGAAACAGAUCGAGCAUUGACAGAGAUUCUCAGAGCUGAAAGCACGUCGGCAGAUGUCAGCCAGAUCAGGGAGAUGUCGCUCGGUAUCAGCAGCAUCAAAUUCCAGUAUCUGCAUUCUCUCAUCCUUUUGCUGAAAGGCGACGAGUCCUCUUCGGCCCUUCGCCUAUUCUCUGCCCGUGAAGCCAUCUCGAUAUUGAGCUCCAUGGUAUCAAAUUGGAGUUCUGUGUAUAACGGUGUGGUCUGGCAACUACUAUAUUGCCCAUUCACCCCAUUUUUUGUGGUAUUCGACAACAUCAUCCAUCCACAAGACUAUCACACUGCGACGAUAGACCAAGAUCUAGAGCUUCUGUCCGUAACCGUCAACUAUUUCAAGGCUAUGCAAUCUCAGAUGCGACUUCUAGCCACAGUAUGUUCAAGACUCGAGCACACUGCAGCCAUCUUUCUCAAACUGGCACAAAAUCAUGUUUCCCAUCGAGCUUCGGCCAAGACCACUGCGCCAGCAGCACCCCACAAGCAAUCAGCAAGCCACCAAAACUAUAAUCAGGCUCUUGCAGAUCUGAUGGAUCUUGACGUGAGCGACAUGUCCAACCAUAUCGAAUGGCUUCCCGUGGAUAUGGAUACGACAUGGCCGUUGCCCGAAGCUGAAAAACACGACCCAGUUCAUUCUCGUCCUGCUGACCGAGGGCAGAUGUCAAGUAACAUGUUUGAUUGGUUUUCAUGGGACUCGUAUUAUGCGGGGACUGAGGCAUGA